CAAUUCACUACUCUCCACACGCGGGGGGAAAAGAGGGAAUCAGGGAACCAGCAGCGCUCCGUGAAGACCAUCUCAUCUCGAUGCGCAUCUCUCGAAUGAUAAAUCGAAUCGAGUUCAAGUCCGGAUGAACUUUGCGCCAUGCCGGCCACGCCGGCCAUGCCGGCCACGCGUUGUGCGCGCUGCUCCGAAUACUCCAAUUUCCGGCGGAAUUGAAAGUGGUUACUAACCUCUGUUGCGGACUUGUGUUGCAUGGUGCACGGUGCACGUUGACUGACGCUGAAUCUAUUUAAUUGGAGUAAACGUGUGCCAAGAUAAUGGCAUUUAAGCUUGCCAUCAAUCCAACACCUUCUGCCUUAGAUGUGUUGAUAGUGGCUGAAAUAAUUAGAUCAUCCUCUGACACUCAGAAUAAUAUAACAGUAUCGUGGAACAAGACUCACAGUGACAAGGAUGUUUGCUUGUACGAUAAAGAUGACAAGAUAUUGGGGCAAUUUAAUACUGAGAUUACUCGAUACCUUGCAAGGACGAUGAUUCCUGAAAUUUUUGGUAAUGCCAAUUCUCGUGAAAGAACAGAAAUUGAUAACUGGAUAUCUGGUUCCUUAGUAUUGAAAAAUACAGAAGAAAAUCUGGGAUAUUUGAAGUUUUUGAAUGACGUGCUAAUAACACGAACAUGGCUAGUCGGGAAGAAAUUAUCAUUGGCUGAUAUUCACAUGUUUUGCUCCAUAUAUCGUCAAGGAUAUAUAAAACUGUGUGAAAAAGAUUAUUGUAAUAUCACUAGAUGGUACAAGCAUAUAGAAUCUCUUGAUGCUGUCAAGAAUGCAAUUUCUAUGAUGGUAAAGAAUUGUCCUUCUCCAUCUUUGAGUCAAAAAGCAGAAAGGUCACAGAACAAAACGAGAAAACAGGAGGGCAAAUUUAUCGAUCUACCUCCAUCUUUGAGUCAAAAAGCAGAAAGAUCACAGAACAAAACGAGAAAACAGGAGGGCAAAUUUAUUGAUCUACCUGAAGCAGAAAUGGGCAAAGUAGUAGUAAGAUUUCCACCAGAAGCAAGCGGCUAUCUACACAUUGGUCAUGCUAAAGCAGCUCUCUUAAAUCAGUAUUACGCCGAAGCUUUCCAAGGACAGUUUAUUAUGAGAUUUGAUGACACAAAUCCAGCAAAAGAGUCCCUAGAAUUUGAGGAAGCUAUAUUGGAGGAUUUAAAAUUACUGCAAAUUAAGCCUGAUCGUUUUACAUAUACUUCAGAUUAUUUUGAGCAGAUACAAGAGUAUUGUACUACACUAAUUAAAAAAGGAGACGCAUACGUGGAUGGUACUCCGGCGAAUCUUAUGAAAGAGCAACGCGAUCAAAGAUUGAAAUCCAACUAUCGAGAUAAUUCUAUAGACGAAAAUCUGGCAUUAUGGGAAGAAAUGAAACGUGGUACUCAGAAGGGUCAACAGUAUUGUGUCAGAGCGAAGAUUGAUUAUCAAUCAGUAAACGGAUGCUUGCGCGAUCCAACAAUUUAUCGUUGCAAACCAGAACCUCAUCCACGCACUGAAAACAAAUACAAAGUGUAUCCUACCUAUGAUUUUGCGUGUCCGAUUGUCGAUGCUGUCGAGAACGUUACUCAUACUUUGCGCACAACUGAAUAUCACGAUAGAGAUGCUCAAUUUUAUUGGAUAAUCGAGGCUUUGGGACUGCGUCGCCCAUAUAUUUGGGAAUAUUCACGAUUAAACAUGACUCACACAGUUUUAUCUAAACGAAAGUUGACUUGGUUUGUGAAUGAGGGUCUGGUCGAUGGAUGGGAUGACCCACGCUUUCCAACAGUGAGAGGCAUUCUACGACGAGGAAUGACAGUCGAAGGUUUGAAGCAAUUUAUCAUUGCUCAAGGUAGUUCUAGAUCUGUGGUCUUUAUGGAAUGGGAUAAAAUAUGGGCUUUCAACAAGAAAGUCAUCGAUCCAAUUGCAGUCAGGUAUACUGCACUGAAUGACAAUGAAAUGGUGAAGGUUAAUGUAGUAGACGCUAACGAUGAGUGGUUGACUGUGCAAAAUCAUCCUAAAGAUCCAUCUAGAGGUACCAAACGAGUGCGAGUGGGUCCUAAUAUAUUGAUAGAAAAAGAAGAUGCUGAAGGAUUAAUUGAGGGACAGAAUGCAACUUUCAUUAAUUGGGGUAAUUUAAUGAUAAAAAAGAUAAAUAAACACGCUGGCAAGAUAAUGAAUGUAGAGGCUCAAUUAAAUCUAACGGACAAAAAUUACAAAAAUACCUUGAAGCUGACAUGGUUAGCUGAACCAUUAUCUGAAUCUGAUCCAAAGGUGAAAAAUUCAAAUCCAAUAAAAUGCUAUGCUGUUUACUUCAAUCACAUUAUGAGUGUGCCGAUUUUGGGUAAAGACGACGAUUUUAAAAAUUUUAUUGCCAAGAAUACAAGGAAAGAGGUUCAAAUGCUAGGUGAAGUAGAAUUGAAACACGUGAAAAAGGGAGAGAUAAUUCAGCUUCAGAGGAAGGGUUUUUUCAUUUGUGAUGUUCCGUAUGCACCCAUGAGCCCCUAUUCAUCACGAGAACAACCUAUUAUAUUGUUCCAUAUACCUGAUGGACAUACGACUACACCUUUUACGACGCUUGCAGGAUCAAAUAAUCAACAGUCAAAGACUGGUCAGGAUUUGAAAUCUACGAAUGCGCCGGUGAUGACAUCGAAAAAGGAAAAACAAAAUGCUUCUAAGCCCGGAAAGACGUCGGAAAAAAAAGCUGCGAAAAAUGUAAGUAAUAAGGACGCAGAGUCAAGUAAGACGGGAACAAGAUUAGGAUUGGAGGCGAAGAAGGAGGAGGACUUUAACGAUUGGUAUUCGCAAGUUAUCACAAAGAGCGGAAUGAUAGAAUAUUAUGACGUGUCGGGAUGUUACAUUCUUCGUCCGUGGAGUUUCUCGAUUUGGAGGGUGAUAAAGGAGUAUAUUGAGGAUAAUAUAAAGAAAAUGGGUGUGGAAGAAUGUUACUUUCCGAUCUUUGUUACUCGCAACGUAUUAGAAAAGGAGAAGGCGCACGUAGAGGACUUUGCGCCAGAAGUAGCAUGGGUGACGAAAUAUGGCGAAAACGAUUUGGCGGAGCCUAUAGCUAUACGGCCUACCUCGGAGACUGUCAUGUAUCCGGCUUAUGCCAAAUGGUUGAGGUCAGACACCGAGUUACCGCUUAGGCUCAAUCAAUGGAAUAAUGUCGUGAGAUGGGAAUUCAAAGAUCCCAAACCUUUCCUGCGCACUAGAGAAUUUUUGUGGCAGGAGGGCCAUACUGUGUUUGCUACUAAGAUGGAAGCUGAGCAGGAAGUGCUACAGAUUUUAGACAUGUACGCUAGAGUUUACGAGGAUUUAUUGGCGGUGCCCGUUAUCAAGGGUCGCAAGACUGAAAAGGAAAAGUUUGCGGGUGGCGAUUAUACUACUACUGUCGAGGCGUUUAUUUCAACUAAUGGUCGCGCGAUACAGGGAGCAACGAGUCAUCAUCUAGGACAAAACUUCUCAAAGAUGUUUAAUAUUCAGGUGGAAGGUAAAACGAAUGAAAAGACAUUUGUUUAUCAAAAUUCAUGGGGUUUAACUACACGAACCAUUGGAGUCAUGAUAAUGGUACACGGUGAUGAUCGAGGUUUAGUGUUACCUCCAAAUGUAGCACCUGUACAAAUUGUUGUGAUUCCCUGCGGCAUAUCGGCAAGCAUGUCUGAAUUGAAGAAAAAUGAACUUCUAACUGAAUGUAUGACACUGGUUGAACGAUUGGAGAAAGAAGGUAAAUUUAGAGUAAAAGGAGAUUUUAGAGAGAGUCGAACACCUGGUUGGCGAUUCAACCACUGGGAGCUAAAAGGCGUACCAAUUAGAAUCGAACUUGGUCCAAAAGAUUUGGAAAAAAAUCAAGUAACAUUAGUACGAAGAGAUACCUUCCAGCGAACAACUGGCAACAAAGACGACGUAGUUCAGUUGUUAGAUUCAGUGUUGAAAAACAUGCAAAAAGAAAUGUUAUUAAGAGCGAGAACGGAACUAAAUGAACAUAUUAAAAAAGUAGAAACGUGGAGUGAUUUCUGUACCGAGCUCGAUAAUAAGAAUUUAUUACUGUCACCUUUCUGUGGAGAAUCGGCUUGUGAAGAUAAAAUUAAGGAAGGUAGUACAAGUUCCAGUACGAAUGAAGAGACCGGAACAUUAAUGGGCGCCAAGAGUCUGUGUAUACCAUUUGAGCAACCAGAAUCACCAGAACGCAUUAAGAAGUUAAAGUGUAUUCACCAUUCUUGCUCAAACAAACCGAAGUUUUAUACGCUCUUUGGUCGUAGCUACUAAUGCAUGUGACGUGUAGAAGUAAAGUCUUUAUAUAAUCAAUUUUUUAUAUGUGAAUAAUGUAGAAUUUAUAAAAUGUAUAAUAUACAUUUAAAAUUAUUAAUAACAAAUCUAAUGUUUUUUUUUAAUCUAUAAAAUUACAAUUUUUAUAAUGUAUUUUUAUUCAAUAAUAUAAAAUGUACAAAUAUUUAAUAAUUACAAGUAAGUCCGUUCUUACAUUUAUUCUCAA